UUCUGGGGCGGCACCAGGGCUGAUGAUAUCUUCCUCGCUCCCUCCUUUGAUGACAGAAUACUCGAGGUGGUGGCGGUGUUCGGUUCGGCGCAGAUGGCGGCGUCGCGGCUGAUCAACCUGCAGAAGCACCGCAUAGCGCAGUGCCGCGCCGUGCAGAUCAACAUCCUGGGCGAGGAGUGCGUGCCCGUGCAGGUGGACGGCGAGGCCUGGCUGCAGCCGCCCGGUUGCGUCCGUAUCAUACACAAGAAUCGCGCACAGAUGCUCUGCCGAUCCAGGGCAUUAGAGACCAGCCUCAGAGCAUGGGACGAGAAGCAACAGCAAAAAGCGCAAGCGAGCAACUCCUUGUCUUCGUCAGAAGCGGCGCAGCUGCUGGCGUUGCUGGAUGACGUCAACACAUUAGUCAAACAUGUGAAGCUGGCGUGCAUCAGCGAGGCGGGUGCGGGCGGCAGC